AUGACGAGCUAUAGUUCCAACGUAGAAGAUCCGGAGAAGCACUUUUUGGGCAAUUUGCUCGAGGACGAUUCCUUCAGUAGUAGUACCCCGUCGGGACGUGGUGCGUUUGGAGAUAACCCGAAAAAAAAGAUGAACUUCGAGGAAAAGGGAUUAGCUCCAGUUGAAUUGUGGGGUCAAGGAGGAAAUUUUUGUUUAAUUCCUGAAGGACAAAAAAAUUAGUUAAAAAGGUCCAAUCGGAAAUUUUUUUCCUUCUUUUUCUUUCGUGGAGAUUUUUUUCAUUGAGAAAAGUAUGGAAGUUCACCAGGCUUAUAUUCUGUUUAAAUACCUUUUUUUUGUUCUUUUUAAAGGCCUAGACGACUUGUGUGACAUGAAAAUGACAGUGAAAACUGCUCUUCACCUUGGGACCGAAUUUGACCCAUGCUCCUUCAAAGAAAUAAUAAUUCGGCAGGAGUUUUUGAACAGAUUUAAUGAUGAAAAUGUGAAAAUUACUACGUCUUCAGGAAAUUCGGCUAUGAUUAUGAACUGUUAUUCGAAUCAAACAAACAUUUUCAGGAGAAGCCAACAAUGUGAACGCGAGUCCGACGAUCCCGGUCGUCUCUGGCGUCGGGCCAAUCGGCGGAACCUCACCAACCACUUUUUGGCCUGAACCACCGCCACCUUAUUCACCGUCCCCCAACGAGGUUUCUGUGAAAGACUCCAUUUUUCUUGAAUCAAUAUUAUUUUACACCUAGCAAUUGCAAAAAAACUUUCAGAACAUCAGGAAAUUUCUGCGAAAUUUUGUUUAGAUUAUCAUUAUUCUAGGUCAAGUGAAAAAAUUUAUGACUAUUGAGUUUAUUGGUGUAGCUUGAAAUUGAAAAUCUACGAUUUUAAUAAAAUAAAAGGGUUUCGGGGAUCUUGGAGGACUUGAGAAAAGUGUUAGUUGAUCUUUGUGACCUAUUUAUCUUAAUGCAAUCGCCGAAACCCACAAUGGCACUCUAGGUAUUUGUCAUCUUUUGGAUAUUCCUGUUUUUCUGAUUUUUCCACUGUGCCUCAGAAAAACAUGUUCUUUCGUACUUCUUGUAUGAUUAAUUUUUACCGGAUUCCGUCUUAAAGUGUUUCAAAAAUACAAAAAAGCAGAAGGCUUCGAAUCCAGUAUCAGAAUGUUUUAGAGAACAUCUCUGUAAAGUUUUAUCGGUUUUUAUAAAUUUUUCUCUUUAAAAUUCCUUUGUUAGUAUGUAAAAUCGCCUGAUUGUUCACAUUUAUCAAGUCUUCAGAGAGGAUAUUUUUUGAAUCAUGCAAUAAUUGAAGGGUUUUUUGCCGCUUUGCAAAACUGUUGUUGAUCAAGAACGGAGAGUAGAACAUCUCGCCCUUCUUGAGAAACUAGAAGACGAGUUAUAAGCGUUCCGAUGAUCAGUUUCUCCGGAAAGUUUGAAACCUUCCUAAUUUUGACGAAUUCUUUUUCAGUCCUGGUACGCCCCACCUCAACAACAACCUCAACAACCCAAGCAAAACCCGCUUUCUGAUUUUCUCCAAGCUACGGUAAAAGUUUGAUCAUUUGUCAAAUAAAUCAUAAACUGUUUAAGUUAAAAGAUCCAGCAGAUUUGAACACGUUUCUCAACUAUGAACCUGAAUUUUUCUCGUCGAUUCGGCAGGUUUUUCGAAUUGCUCUUCAUGGACUUUUUGAUGAUUUUUUGUUUUUGAAGAACAACAGCAAUCCGGUGCAACAGCCUCAAAUACACCAUCAUCACCACAAUCUCCACCAUCACACCCACACACACAAUGUCGUGAGUUUUGGGAUUGUUUUUGGAAAAAGGGACACGUUUUUUGAGUUUUGUGCAGUUUUGAUACGAUUUGUGAAAGAUUUCAGAGCUUUUUUUUGAUAAAUUUCUGUAGUUUUCCGAUAUUUCUUUCCAAUUUGCUCUGGAGCUCUUUGGGGUGAACUUAAAACUUUUUUUUUAGGAUUAUAAGAUGUAAUUUUUAAUUUUAGGUAGAGAAUGGCGUUAACUUUAAUUACUGAACUGGUUUACAAUAACUCUAUAUCUCCUUCAUAAUUUAUUUAUUGCCAUUUUUUAACAUCAAUAUAUGUAUAACUUAAUUAAUCGAAUAUAAUGUGAGCAGGAGACUUUUUUUCUAGUUUUUUGCCGAGAAGAGUUCACGGAUAAAAGCCUGGUAAUAUUUUGAAUAUCAUUCCUAAAUAAAGCUUUUUUUCAGGUGGAAAACCAUCACCACUACAUCACGCCGCCACCUGGACUGACGAUUGAUACGAGCCGCGGACUGGCGCUGUCCCAACAGACGUCACCUUCACCAGCACAUUCUCCGGCCUCCUACUCGCCGAUGGGCCGUCCCGAACCUCAUCACCAGCCCCACAACGGCCCUCGGACGCCGCAACGUCUCUUCCAGCGCCAGAGACAGAACAGCGGCUGGAAGCAACACGAACACGACGACUACCUGGCCUAUGCGGCUCUUCUCGGCCCUCAGCCUGAAGACGUUGCCAAAGGACGCAGCUACGUCAACGCCGUGUCUGCGAAGAACGGCGGUCAGCUUUUCAUUCACGGUCCCAUAGUUGAUUCACAACCCGCCUGGGGCGCCACAAUCUGUUCGGAUUUUGAAGUUGUCGCUCAAGCUCCACCCCUAAUGGCGUGAUAAACAAAUCAGAAAGCAAGCUAUCCACAGAGCUUUACCUAAUGACGUUAUUGUAUUUGAUAUUGAAAAUCAGAACAGACUCUAAGAAGUUUCCUUCUAUCGAUAACUAGAUGGAUUAUGUGAAAAGCCAUAACUUUCAAAGAAAAAGAAAUAGAAUCUAACCUUUCGAAAGGGUUUGAGUCUCUGAAAAUGAUAAUUUUAAUGAGGAUGCUUCAAAAAUGCAAUUCAGACAGACCAGAAAAUCCUUUAGAACGUAUGUUUACUACACAUUACGUCAAAAUUCGUUGAGCAAAAAGGUUUUUGGGCUUUGAACUUUUUAAUUAUCAAAAGAAGAAUUUUUGAAUUUUGAUUUUUCGAACUUUAUCUUCUCGUCAAAAACUAAAGGAUCUCUCUUUUAGGCCCACCAAACACCAAGAGCAAGAGCAUUCCGGCACCACCAGGACUCGUGAGAAAUGCGAUCGGAACUGAAAUGCUUCUAAAACACCGACAGUCGGCGAUGGCCCUGAACCCGGGUGCCGCCGCUCAAAAUGCUCGAAUCGUCGUCAAAGGACAGCCCCACUCGGCGCCUGUCGUCACCAAAAUGCCGUUUAGGUAAUAAGAAAAUACAGUGCACAACUUCCUCAAUAUGCCUAGUAAUGCUUUUGAACAAAAUUUUCAAAGUUAAAACUGAUGUGGAAGUCUCUAGAGAUGGUUUUUAACGUUAUCACAUUUGGGCUUGAAACUAUCACGAACUGUGAGAAAAAGAGAAAAUUUUUGUUCUUUUUCGAGAGUUUUCAAAACAUAAAAUGGGAUUUUUUUUUUGUUUGAGUUUACGGGGCUCCAUCAUAAUUUUCAAAGAUCUUCUAGGCAAUUUUUUUCAGCACAGUAUUGGUUUCAGCGUUGAAAACUACCCCUAAUAGAACUAGUUUCGUUUGAAAGCCCCAUUUAAAGCUCAGAUAAUCAUCGGGAUUGAAAAAUUUGAAUAAAUAUCGAUUCUUGUUCCAGUUACCGCGACGUUGCUGCGAGAGAGCAGAACCAUCCUCUGGCUCAACACGACAGUCCUCCGCAACAGAUCGCUGUAAGACCUUGAUUAAUAUCGCGAGUAAUUUGAAAUUGAUUGUUUUGCAGCGUAAGCGUUCAAGCACCACCAACACGUCGGAUGGAGCGGGAUCGGUGGCCAACGGAACUGUGAAUUCGAUCAUCAUUGGCAAAGGAGGACGCCACAAUUCCGGGAGUAGUAUCGCCUCGGUCGGGUCGACCGCCAAGAACUUUGAUGGGCACGACAUCGAGGAGAAACGGCUUAAUUGUGCGUUUUUACAGUAGAAAAAGAGGAAAAGUAGUGUGAAAUGAUUGGAUUUCAGCCUGGAAAUUCAGGGAAAUGGCAGAAAACGGCUCAAUAGUGCGUUUUUGUAGUAAAAAAAAAGGCGAAAAAAUGAUGGGAAAUGGUUGAUUUUUCAGCUAAAAAGACUAGUAGAAGCUCGAAAAAUGAGAAAAUUUGUUUAAAAAAGAGGUCUUAAAGCGAAGUGAGAUCAAAUUUGAUCCGAUUUGGUAACCGGUUUUUUGGAAGCAAGGAUAUGUGUCAAGCACGAAAUGUGCUUCAUAUCUAUACAGUUUUUCAUGCGUUGGGCUGAAUUUUUUAGUUUCAGUGGAGCGAAAAAGCCGAUCGGACAACGAGUUUCAGAAGAUUACGCGCAAGGGUCGCGCUCCGCCCAACAACAAGGAAAAAGGUGAAUUUCUGACAUUUUUUUCAAAUGAUAAUUUAAAAAUCAGACCAGUUUGAACCAUAAAAAAAGUUCACUUUGAUCUAGAAAUUAGGAGGAAACUUUAUAUUAAUUGAUGAACGGAAAACGGAGAACUACUGUUCGUCGGGUCCGCAAGAACGCUUCAAAAUGAUGUAAUUUUAUUAAUUUUGCAGCAUUUUCGAUAAAUCUUGAGCUUGAAUUAUUUUUUUUCAAAAUCAGAUCCCACUGAGCGACACGACAUCGUUGCCUGUCUUCGAAAACCCGGCCGCCGUCGAUUCGUUCACCCGCUACGGCGUCCUUCAAACUCUGUCGCCGAAUAUCCCGAUCGACGGAAAAAGCAAAAGUCUGUUUCAGUGGGAAGAUGGAAAGUUGCAUGAAAGUGUUUUCAGGCGGUCGGGCUGCCGUGAUCACUCAAAUCUCCCGGUCGAGCUCUCGCUGCGAUGGUACGGCAACGUUUUUUUUCCACCAUUUUGAAGAAAAUAAUUGGAAAAUAGAGUUUAUGAAUCAAACUUACAUAGCUCUCUUAUUUUAAAGAACACAAUUUUGUUCUUGAAACUCUGAAAGGAGUUUUAAAAAAGGUUUAACUUAGCUUGCCUCAAAUAUUCAGAGUUUGAUAUUUUUUAUUUUUCAUACUUUUUGUCGAUUUCAAUCGUUUCGAAAUCGAGGGGUCUAUAUUGAAGCUUUGAGCUUUUUCAAAAAAAGAAAAUUGAAGGUUGAGAGACUUUGAAGGUCUUUUGAUUUGGCAUGUUGAAAAGUAUCCUGGUAGAUUUUUUGGCGAACUCCAGAGCCUAGAAAAAAAUUUUCUUGUCAAAAUUUAGUUAGACCUUUUUUCACCCUUUUUGCGUUUUGAAACAUGUUCUGUUACUCCGAUAAACAUAGACUGCAUAGAAGAAUAGUUAUAUUUGUAAAUGCCUCUUCCAGACGACGAAGAUGAGGAGGAAGAGUCGGACUCGGAAGAAGAGCGCCUGAGCGUCGCCUCGCUCAGCAACAGCAACACGUUGGUCGCCGCCAGCACGGCCGUCUCCAACUCGUCCUCCUCGACGACCUCCCUCAUCGUCGGCGGCAAGAAGGAGCUCUCCAACACCUCGAGCACGGGCAGCAAGAAGAAACAGCCUCAGCAAGUUGUUCAGCGACGGCGUCAGAAGCGCAGAAACGACCCUCACUGGUCCGAACAUCUUGGUUCGUGAUGUGGGGGGAAUGAGGAAAAGAAAAAUCAGAUAAAGUAGGAAUGAAAGAAGGAUUCUUUAGGUUGUGUUAUUGGAAAUUUAUAUAAUUUAAAGGUUGGAAGUAUUUUUUUCGUUCAUAUGCAAAACGGAUGUUUCCUUGUGGACCCUCAGAGGUAGCGGAAAAGAUUCCUCCAAAAACUCCAAAAAUGACGGGAAAACGUUUUUUUUUAUAGCCUCAGAUAAUUUUUUUCGAAUCUCCUGGAUCCUUUUUGGUUGCUCUCCAGCAUCAUUUAUUAAAGGGUGGGAAAAAUAUGCAAAAGUUGGGAUCUUUUGGGACCCGUGGAAGGUUUCUUUUUUUUUGGGAAAAUUUUUGAGGAGCUUUUCGGUUACCUGAGUUGAGGCGAUGGAAAGUGGAAAUGCAUAGCUAUGGAUUUUCAUUUUUUCUCGUCAGUAAAAUGGUUUUUUGAAAUUAAGUUUUUCAUCGAGAAAAGUAGGUUUUUGGGAAGCUCAGUUAAUUUGAAAGAAAAAAAUAGGAAAUUUUUUUCCGAUAUUCACAGCUUCGAAAACGGCUCAAAAUAAGAAGAUAAUUACUUUCUCGGGUAUUUUUUCUCUAUGAACGAAAAUUUUUCAAUUUUUCAUCUUUAAUAUGCAUCAAAUUUUUUUUUUUUUGAUAAAUUUUUUAGCUCACUGUUCGUGUCCAAGAGUAAACGUCGACUAAAUAGUGAUCGAGAGAGAAAUAAAAUUUCAAAGCAAGAUAUAUAAAGAUGAAAAAAUAAAAAAUUUGAGUAAUGAGUUUUCAAUGAAAAUGAUUCCAUUUUUCAGUAAAUUUUGUGCUCCUGAUCAUUUCCCACGUUUCUCUCGGCGUCGAAUGGAUGUUGAAAUUGGUCGUGGAGUUUUGCUCGAAAGUCGCUGAUGUUUUCUCUUUUUAGUUAGUUUUUCUCAUUCUUUUUAAAAUUAUUGCUUGGACAUAAGAGAAAAAGUCAAUAUUUUUCAGCUCGGAUUCAUUUUUCUGCGCCAUUCAGUGUGGCUGCAAAAAUGGCGUCACAACUUUAAUCGAUUUUAUCAAGUUUGUAGAAUCUUCGACUUUUGUGAUCUCAUUUCCCAUUUUUUAGGACGUCGUUUCAAUUUAUUCGCAAGGUGACGGUCACCAACCUUAGCCGACUUUUUUACAUGGAAGAAGAAUUACCGAUAACCGAAUGGGGACCUCGUCGCGAAGUGCCCUUGCCGAACACGGGUGAGCAGUUGAAGGGAUCACUCAAAGAACCCUUUUUCCCUCAAGGGGUUGCUUACGAAAAUAUUGGUGGACACAAUCUCAAGUUUUGCUUCUCUUAGUGUAGUGCGUGUAAUGAAAGAUGAGCCAAGCUGUUUCAUUCGCGAUCUCUUAAAUGGGCGCUUGGCGAGCUCUUUAACGAAUUUUCAAAUUCUGAAUUCAGCGCCCACUUGAAGUUUUCACAUAAUCGAAUCGCUCAUAAAAUGAAUCAAAUCAAGCUUCCUUUUACAAUAGAAACUGUCUUCACAAAUAGGCAGGGCGUUUUUCAAGACCCUUCAUUGGUCAUUUAAAGUUUUUUGCUGUUUCUUCCUGAUUUUCCUGAACUGUAUCAAUAAUUACAUCAAUAAGUUCAAACUUGAUUUUUUUAUUGUCAGAACUACGUUCCUGAAGUUCAAAUUUGUCUUUACACAUCUAUUUUUUUAGAAUAUUUUGUGUUCAUACCCCUUCUAAUGGGCUUUGUGAGAUCACCAAUGACUUUUUUUCAGCUUCUGAAAUCAUCGACCGUCUGCUGCGCGAGGUGGCCAGCGACGCCUAUGCCGUUUUCGGACUUCGUGUCGAUUGCUCCGAAUCUGAGAUUAGGAAAUAUUACAAGCGAAUGCACGCGCUUCUGUCCCCGGAAAAGGUGUUUAUUUAUUCACUUUUUCAUGUAAAAAUAGUCUUUUAAUUUAUUCGAAAGGAUCUAGUAAGUAUUCACAAUUUCCAGUGCUCAUUGGAGGGAGCGCCCGAAGCACACGAACUCCUCCUCCGCGCUUUUGAAUCGAUCAACUCGUGCGAUAAACGAUUGGAAUAUGUUCAGGAGACUGCUCACAAGAGCAAACAGGUGAAUAGCGAAAAACUUUUGAGGGAACCCUGAAGAGCCGCUAAUAACACUUAAGGGAUGACUAGAGAGAUUACUGUGUGAUGUUAUUAAAAGCUAGAUGUGGUUGGGUUUAUAAAGUUGGUAAUUAGGAAACUUUGAUUUUUGAGCUCGAGUUGUUCAAAACAUAAUAUCAAAAGGAUUAUCUGGGGGAAAUUUUUUUUCCUUUUUUUUUUUGCUAGAGGUUGUUGUAAGGGUGAAAGAGGUCAUUUGACCAUAUUCGAGCAAAAUUCCCGUGUUUCUCUUGAAAAGUUGAAAGAUUUAACUUCGUACUUAAGUUUUUGAGAAGGGAAGGGCAAAAGUGGGGGGAUGAAACUUCGUAAAAAGGGACUUUGAAUCAUUUUGUAGCCAGGAAUGGUACAGUUUAUUUCGAGACGUCUUUUAUCCAAAAAAAAAACGAGUUGUACCUUCAGUCUCACCUGAUCUCUGAUCUGGAAGCUUUAAAGUACCUUUCAGAGAAUUUUCACCAAAUUCUCUAACCUUCAUGCACUUUUCUUGUUAGAAUCAUCGUGACAGACUUAUUUAAUCUGAAAUCUUUUCUCUUUAGCACAAACUCGUGAUGAAAUGCUUCGAUGACCUGCGCGAGCGUAUCGAGGAGCUUCGUUCGACAAUGUUCUGCGACUGCGGCAAUCGCCACAAACGCGUCCUCACCGACAUUCGCUACAACGAGGCCCGCUACUGCCGUCGCUGCGACAUGCGUCAUCCUGCCAAGCAGGUCAGUCGCGAAUUUGCGAAAAAAAAAAGCUGCGACGUGAACAAUGACAAAUAUUAAUUUGAAUUUCUUCAAUAUUAGUCAGAACACUUCUUGAAGUUGCGGAAGAAGAUUUUGAAAGUCUCAUCUUUCAAAGCUGUCGAGAAAUUAGGGCUCAAAGCCUAAAGGGGUUCAUUUUAACGGAUUUUGAGAGUUUUCUUUGAGGUGUCCAUUCUCGAAAAGUAUAAAGUUGGACAGGUUGAGAUAUUUAGGACCUUUUUGGAAACAUCAAUGGGCGUUAUGGUUACGUUGAAAUUUUCAGGAGUUUUCAAUCCUAAAGAAAAAUGAGUGGUAUGAUAAAAAAGUCAGCGAAAUUUUGAAAGGCGACUUCCGAUUUUUUCGUAUCGCUAGGGAAAUUUCCGACGGCCACCUUUCCGACGAAUUUUUUUCCGACUUUUUUCCCUGAUAUUUUUCGGUUUAUAAAACAUCUAUUAACAUUUUUUUUCCUAUUUCUUUGUGUUUUAAUCAUCAACCAACUACCUACUUUAUAUAGGAAGAUUUAAAACAAAGAUUUUAUCGAGAAAAAAAAGUCGGAAAUUCGUCGGAAAGGUGGCCGUCGGAAAGUUCCCUAGCGAUAUGAAAAAAUCGGAAAAGUCGCCGUUUAAAUUUUCGCUGGUUUUUUUUUCAUACCACCGAAAAAUGACCUUCCUUGUAAAGCCAGUAUGUAAAAGAAGAAACCCAAUGUUCUCUAUGAUCAGUAGACACUGAGAAGGAAGUCCAUACUAGCACAAAACUUUAAAUUUCCUAUAAAAUCCAUUUUGAGCGCAACCGAUAGUCGUUUUCUGCCACCUUUUUGGAAACACAUGGUUUUUAAAAUUUGAAAAAAGAUGGGUUUUAGGCCAGAUUUUAUGUUUUUUUUUAUUCAGUUAGCGUCAGGGUAAACUAUACUGAAUUAUAAUAUCAAUGAAGCGCAUAAAGUUGAUUGGUAAUUUUUAGAUUUUUGGAUUUUAGAAUGACAUCUGGGUGGAGAGGCGUUAUUUUGGCUGGAAAUCGGUUUACCUGACCUGCAGCGACAACCAAAUCUACGACAUUAGCGAAUGGGCUCAGUGCGAGGUUCAUUCUUUUCUUUUUUUCGAUUCCGAAGCUCUCUUUGUUCUAACAAACUGCUUUUCAAAGCUUUGAAAAUGAUCCUGAUUGAUUUGCAUGUACCGAAAAAAAAAAUGAAAGACUAAAAUUUCUCACCCUCUGGUUCCCAAAUGUCUUUGCUGCGGGAUUCAUUCAAAUUUUUGCGUUUAUCGUUUUUUCGCUUCAUGUAGCAUGGUGUCCCGAAAAGCAUGACCCGGAUUAGCUUUGACAAAAGAAGAUUUCGUUCAUAGGAAUGGAACUAUAAGGAAAUAAUAAUGAUUUCAACGCUUACUUCUAACCAUUUGUUUGUUUUCCGGCGAAAAAGAAAGUGGUGCAAUGUCGCUUUCUGGACUGCGACAAGAAGAAAAGGUGACUGAUUUUACUAUAUCUUUGUUUUUUUUUUUCUCCAUCGGAGCGACGUCGUUCGUCUGUGUAAUUUGUGUGCCGAUGUUUCUUUCUAUGUGUAAAGUUUUUCGAUAAAUGCUUUUGUGUGUUGUCUUUUUUUCUGCUUGAGCAUCACCCUUUGCACAACCUUUGCAUGUUCGAAUGGCUAGUAGAGUGGAUAAAAAUAGCCGUGGAAGGAAAGGCGGAAGUUGCUCUAUAGACAAUAUUUAGGCUCAAAAACGUAUUUUUAGGGAACGAACUCAAUCUUGGACCUCGUUAAUGAAAAACGUAAGCGCUGCGGAUUUUUCGGAGCUUUCUGGAAAUUACUUAUGCUGACGCUACUAAAGUGUUCACUAGAAAAAUGCCACGGCACGUCCGAUCUGCGAUAACAAAAUCGAGAAGAAUUUUGAAAUUAUAAUAAAUUGUAAAAAAACGUUUUUCUUUUCCAUGAUUCGUCAACGGAGCGCAGCUGAAUGCUACCUUUACCGCAGCUAUUCUUUUUUUCUUUAUGCAUGACCUCUUUUGCUUCCCUAUCCUAUUAACUCAUCAUUUUUAACCAGUUAUGCUUCUUUAAAAAAUAAUAAAGCUUUUGGCUUGAUCUCUAACCUUGGGCUGGUUUUGUGCAGAAGUCGGGAUUCCUUGAAAAGCCGCUGACGACGUCUUGCUUCCAGUACCGUCCCCGUCAGGCCGCCCCCCGCCAGCCACAACGUCGAGUUCGCCGUUGUUGAGAGCCGGAUUCUUAACCCCCUCCUUAUAUACUCUCUAUGCAUUUUCUCCCCUAUUUAUCCUACUUUAUUUUGUCACCUGUUCUCACCAUUGAAUGCUGUUGUUGAUGUUGUAUUCGUGCUCACAGACACUUUUUUUUUCUUUGAUUGAUUAUUUGAUCCUAACCUCUUUCCCCAUCUUUCCUCAAUAUUUCACCUUCGAGAAGCGGCCACAAUGGAUUUUUUCGGUGUGUUUUUCUUGGAUGACUUUGGUGGUAGUAGUUUGAAGUUAUUGCAACACUGACAACACUGAGCACUUGCUAGAAUCCUUUUUUUUAUAUCUUUUUGUGGUUUUCGUGCUGGGUGGUGGUGUUUUUGGUGGAGGAUUAUCUGAAAAAAGGCUGAAUCUCAAUAUAAGCUAAUUUUGACGCACGGCUAGCUUGUGGAGUCAUUAAGAUUCACUUUAGGGAAGUUGAAAAUCUGAAAAAUAAGCCUCAAUUGCUCACCUCAUACUAGAGUCAUAGAAAUUUUAGAUAAAUAACUUUAAACUUCCCUAAACCUUCAAAUUUCUGAAUCAGGUUCAUAUAAAACUGUUCUAAUGUAAUCUAGAGCAUAGAAAUUAGCUGGAAAAUGAUCUUACUUUCAAAAUUUAUUAACUUUAGGCUUAGUUCAUCAAAAACUCAUACCUUCUCUAAAAACUGCGUUCUAGCAGAUGUGAUAGAUUGCACAAGCAAUGUGAGAGUUUCUAGCCUUCCAAGUGACCACUUGAGAGGCGCUAAAAUCACUUGAGUUAUCACUGAAAGGCUCAGAAUUGUUCGAAAAGACAAAUUGCACUUUCCCUCUUUUUCCAGUUAGUAAAGGCGUCUUCAGCCAAGAUAAAAGUCAUAGCUAGCCUUGAAGGAACUGUUUUUCAAUAUUAUAUUUUUCAUUUAAAUUUAUUUUCACACAUUUUCAACGUCGUUUUCAAAUGCUCGAAAAUCUAUGAAUUGAGAAGAGUUUUUUCAAUUUUUUUUCAGCACAAGUUCAAUAAUUUUCUGUGUUGCUCACAAAUUUCGAUCACUUCCUAAAAGUUGUGGAUAGUGUGUAACGGUGGAAUUGUGUAGUGUAGUAGUUAUUGAAAUAGUCUCCUCUCACUGUUUUUCCAAUAUUCUUCGCUAAUUUUUUUUUGCUUUUAGCGAAAUAUGCUCAAGAACAUGCGACCUCAUACACACGCCGUUCAGUAUCGUCUCAUCAAUCCUCCGACGGUAAUUUGAAGAUUUUUUUGAACUCUUUAGAACUUCUGGUGUCUCCGCUCUCUUUUCCAUCUCACGCGAGGUCAUAAAAAGAUGAAAAAAGCUUAAAAAGUAAAUAAGAGAAGUCGAACAGAAGUAAGAUUUUUCUCAAUUUUGACGAUUAGGCUUUACAGAGCGCAAAGAAAAAGCUUUGGAAGUCCCUAAACUGAUUACUUUUUUCCUAACGAGCCGCAAACGGACGUUUAACAGUGGAAUCCCUGGGCUUUAUCUUUUCGAUAUGAACCGACUUCUGAACUUUUAGAGGCACUUAGAAUUUUUUAGAAAUUGUUGAGAAUUGGCUGAAUUAUCAUAGAAACCGGAUUUCAGGGUAUGGGGAGUGAUGGCGGCGAUCACUUUGGUGGCGGCGGUGGCGGUGGUUAUGGAAAUCCGUCGAACACGGGCGGAACACCACUAAACAGCGCCGGCGAGCGUCUCAUGUCCGACAUGGUCGACGAGUUCAACUGUCAGUUUUCGGCCCUUUUGAAUCUUCAAAUGCGAGAGUGAAGAAUGACGUUUGAUCCCUAAAAGAUUUGGAGCGAGAGAUCAACGGUCGCUGAAGAGACGUGUGGUGCUCUCAUUGUCUGGCGUCUCUCCGACUCCUCACACUGUCUUGCUUGAAAUUUUUUUAAGGGCAAUCAUCGAUGACCACCAUUGAAAAAAAAAGAAGAAUUUAAAAGUAUUGAUCUGAAGAGUUCACUUGCGCUCUACGGCUAAUUAUCGUUAGAGAUUAAUUAAAUGUUUUUGCUUCACUUCUAUAAAACUUAUGAGUAUCAUCAAGUGAGCGAAAUCGUUCUACAACACAUCAUUUUUGAAUAUUGCGCUUAUGAGGCUAUAAAUAUCUUCAUCGCAAACUUUUUAACUGCGUUUAGGGUGUUAGGAAAAAAGCGGUAGGCAAUUUUUUAUUAAAUCUAAAAUAGGUUUUAUAUAGUUUUUCACUCAAAAUACAGAAUUAAAGGCCUUCUUUUUGAGCUCUACGCGCUUUAUUUGAGUUCUCCUAGUUUCAGUGCUUCGCCAGCAACGCGGAUUCGCCCAAAUCACUUUCAAACCCUCCGAGCCUCGAGAUGAAGACCGAAAUCGUCGUGCUGCCAACCGACGUCAGAAGAAGUGGCGAUGCUGA